GGAGCUGCGGCGCUGUUGGGAGCACGAACGGGAGCGGAGCGGAGCCGGGAAGGGAGGAAGCGGGGCGGGGCGGGAGCGCAGUCGAACCCGGCGCAGGGCCGCGCUGCCCCGGCCGUGCUUUGUUGUCUCGAGUCCCGGCCGCAGCAGCGCGGGCCCGACGGGCAGGAUGUCCCAGGAGAACCUCCUCGGGAUGGACGAGGGAGCGCUGCGGAAGCUGCUGGAGGCCACACUGGACCUGGCUGAGCGGCGCCGCAUCCGCUCGGCUAUCCGGGAACUGCAGCGGCAGGAGUUGGAGCGGGACGAGGAGACGUUGGCAUCCAAGCGCUUCCGCCCAGAACGCAGCAGCCACCGACAGGACAACAAGGAGAACUGGCCACAGUCCCAGCGCCUGGAAGAGCAGCAGCAGGCAGCCCUGGCUGCCUUGUCUGAGCAGCUUGAAGCUAUCACCAGUGUGGAGGAACUGACAAAACUGCUGCGGGCAGCGGGUGAGUAUGAGGAGCGCAAGCUGAUCCGAGCUGCCAUCCGUAAGCUGCGGGCUGAGGAGAUUGAAGCCGCGACCCUGGCUGGGAAUGUGCAGAGCAGCCGAAGGGAUGACAGCAAGCCCCGCACUGUGCCUGGGGAAAUUAAAAUUGUCCAGAGGGACAAUGCUGAAACACCAGCCCUUACUGGGAGUGAAGAAAGCUGUGUUGAAGGCAGCACCAAACCUCCAGACACAGACAAGAGCGGGGAGAGCAGCCAGCAGGAUGAUGCAGAGCCAGCACUGGCUGGGCCAGAGGAGAGUGGAUAUGAGGAUGCUGUGGAGCAGGCCCCUGCCCAGGAGCCCAAAGGCUCAGCGGCCCCCAGGCGAGAGGAUGUGGUGGAGGAGGAGCAUGUCCCAGCUGGGAUGCAGGAGCUGUGCAGCCAGCAGGCAGGAGACCCUCAGAAACCCAGUGCUCAGGCUGUGGUUUCAGGGACCCUCAUGCUCCUGGAGCUGCAGCCAGCCUCAGAGCCCAGUCCAGAGCCUGAGGAUGGUGGUGAGGACCUGCAGCAGGGUCUGCCCCUGGGGCAGCCCCCAGCAGCCUGGAAAGAAGGGAACCUGGGCAGCCCUGCCAGCGCCCCAGAGCCCAGUGUGGCACAAAGCCCCAGAGGGGAGCAACUCACCCUGGGCCAGCCCAGUGCUGGCAGCCAGCUUCAUGUUGGGGUGCACUGCCAGGUGCUGGGGCCAGGUGGGAGACACGCAAGGCCAUCAGUGGCAUCAGUGCCCACCCAGGGGGACACAGGGACCCCGGCUCGCCUGAAUACUCACCGGUGGGAGCUGGUGCCCUCCUCUCCUUGCCUGGCUGGCCCCACGGAGCAGCGUCCGGCCCCGCGCCCCGUCGGCUCCCGCCUCGACGCCAUGAAGACCUUCUUCACCAUCGAGAUCAAGGAUGGGCGCGCGCAGCCCCUGGCGCCCCGCAUCACGGCCACCCCUGGCAGCCAGCGGGCAGAGGUGACUCUGGAUCUGCGGAGCACCCCCAUCCGUAUCACCACCGUCCCUAGCAGCGUCAGCAGCAUCUGCAACAUCAGCAGUGUCAGCAGCAAUGUCACCAAGAUGGAGCCAGAGAUGGUGGAGCAGCAGCAGGCACCAAGGCGAGAACCAGAGCUGCCCAACGGGAUGGAGAAGGUGCAAGUGAGGGAGGUGGAGAGAAGGAGCAAGCUGAAUGUCGAGGAGCUGAGCAAGAUUGAGGAUGAGGAUGUUCUGGAUAAGAUGUUGGAUCGGACAACAGACUUUGAGGAGCGACGGCUGAUUCGAAAUGCCAUGCGGGAGCUGCGCCAGCGCAAGCGAGACCAGCGGGAGAAGGAGCGGGACCAGCGGCUGCAGGAGGCUAGAAGCCAAUCUGUGACAGGAAGGGCUGGCCAUGCCACAGAGACCACCACCACGCAGAGCACUCAGUCAGCCGAUGGCUCGGCAUGCAGCACUGUCACCAAGACUGAGCGUCUUGUCCAGUCUAGUGAUGGCACCAAGACCUCUCGUACUACAACCAUGGAGUCAAGUUAUGUGAAGAGAUCAGACAAUGGCAACAGGACUUUUGUUCAAACCAAAUCAUCCUACAGCUCCUCAUCCAAAAAGACAGGCAGCAUUUUUGACCGUGAAGAUGAGAGUGCUUCUCGGCAGAGCAGCCUGGCCGCACUGGAGCGGCGUCAGGCAGAGAAGAAGAAGGAACUGAUGAAGGCUCAGAGUCUGCCCAAAACAUCGGCCUCACAGGCACGCAAAGCUAUGAUGGAGAAGCUGCAGAAGGAGGGUGGGAGUUCAAACCCUGCAGCACCACAGACUGCCGUGCAGCGCUCCUCCAGCUUUGGCGUGCCUAAUGCCAACAGUAUCAAGCAGAUGUUGCUGGACUGGUGCAGAGCCAAGACCCGGGGCUAUGAGCACGUGGACAUCCAGAACUUCUCAUCCAGCUGGAGUGAUGGCAUGGCCUUCUGUGCCUUGGUCCACAAUUUCUUCCCUGAUGCAUUUGACUACAGUAAGCUGACGCCUCAGAACCGCCGCCAAAACUUCGAGGUGGCCUUCUCUUCUGCAGAGAAGCACGCGGACUGUCCACAGUUGCUGGACGUGGAGGACAUGGUCCGGAUGCGCGAGCCAGAUUGGAAGUGUGUGUACACAUACAUUCAGGAAUUCUAUCGCUGCCUGGUCCAGAAGGGGCUGGUAAAAACCAAAAAGUCGUAGCCCCUUGUCAGCCCCCCCCAGGACCAAUGGACGCUGGUGGACUGCGUGCCGCUGGUGGAGGUUGAAGACAUGAUGAUCAUGGGCAAGAAGCCUGACGCCAAGUGCGUCUUCACCUACGUGCAGUCCCUCUAUAACCACCUGCGUCGCCACGAGUUGCGCAUGCGGCAGAAAGAGUGCUAGAGCCUGCCUUUCCCACCCCCACUGCUGCCCUCGCCCCACAGCUGCCUGCGGGCAAGGGAGCUGCUUGCCUGGGAGGGUCUGGGGGGCCAUGGGUCUGGCACUGGGGACAUGAGAACUCUUCCACCAGGCCACCCCCACACAUCUGCCUUGGCAGAGCUGCUUCUGUCUUGACCAGCUGUGGGCAGAGCCAGGUGGGCACUGCUGGGGAUGCUCCCACCUUGGCUUGCCCCCCUUGAUCCAGCCUUUUAAGUUAUUUGUUCUCCAGGAAUUAAUUGCCCUGCAGGUACCAUCCCUGUGUCCCUGAGGUGGCACAGGCACAGCUGUGGGGCCACGUCACGGGUCUGUGACUGAGCAGGGCUGUGCAGUCCAGCCAGGAUCACGGGUACAUCCUGCAGGCAGCGCCUCAGUGGUUCCCUUGGCCCCUUGCAAGGAAGCCUCUCUGCCCACUGCAGGCCCUGCUUGGUGUCACCUCCCUGGGGACAGCUCUACAACCAUGCCAACUCCCUGCUUCCCACCUCCACGUGCAUCUGAGGCACUACCACAUUAGGGGCACCUGUGGGCUGGGGAGGGGGGUAGCACAAGGGGUCCCAGGGGAGUGCAAGGUGAACGGACCAAGCUGGGACAACUGCCCCCACUCUCCUCCAGCUCAGGCCACCCAUGUGCUCAGCGCUACUCGCCCCUCUGUCACAUCUCUACACCCGCGCUGACAUAUACCAACACCAGCCAGAUAAUAAAGGUUAAUCUAGGGCAAUG